GUUGUGGUUGUGGGACGCGUGCCGGGUCCAAAAAAGGCCAGACUGAGAUAGAUAGAGUUGAGAAUUACGUGAUGUUACCUGUUAUGACGCGCGCUUGGACCCUGGCUGUAUAUAAAUUACCUUCACUUGGAUACGCCAUAGUACUUCCUCCGACUUCAGUAAAUUUCGUGUCUUGUGCAAUAUUAUCAUGGCCACUUCCAACUCCUUGGUGAAUUCAGAUGACACCUUCGAUGAAAACUAUUCGGUAUCCCCUCCUCGCUCUUCAUCGCCUUUACCACCGUCGGUUUUCCCUCUUUAAUUUUGUUAUUUUCUUCUGUGCUUAGUACCCGUAAAGAUCAUCUAGUAUGCCCAGAACUGGCUUUAGCGAAUCGCCCAAUGCACGAUCCAAGUCUAUCACGACGGCUGACCUCGACACAUACGGAAUUCUAAACCGCCACGCAGCAAAGAACAUUUGGUACCAAGUCGGGGUCUCUGAGAACAAGGGUACUCGACGGACGAUGGAGGACGCACAUUCAUUCGUGACAGACUUUGACAACAUCCGUGGUCAAGGCUUCUUCGCUAUCUUUGACGGUCACGCAGGGAAACACGCUGCAGAGUGGUGCGGAAAUCAUUUUCAUGAGUAUCUUCUUGACAGCCUGCGCUCUGCUCCAGAAAUGGCCGUUCCGGAUCUCCUCAAUAGGACUUUCCACGAAGUCGAUGCAAGUUUGUCACAAAUGUGUGAAGAAUCAGACGGCAAAAUCCACUCGGGAUGUACAGCUGUGACUGCUUUCCUGAGAAUCGAGGACGCUGAUGGUCAUCAGUCUUUCCUUGAUCUCGCUCAAUCUCAAUCUCCGUAUCCGGAGUCUCCGGUAGCCACCAAGGUCCAAGAAAGUGACGAGCCACCCAGCCCGCAUGGGAGCAGUGGCGAAAGCGUUUCAGGAGAUGAAGUGACCAAGCCCAAGAAGAAGUCCCUAAGCGAUCCUAUCAAGAAAGCGCUCAGAAGUUUGGGAGGCGGUUCCAUAUCCGGAGCGAUCUCUCCUGCAAGAAAAACACAGUCCCCAACUCCCUCCUCGCCCAAGGAAUCCAAGGAGAAGAAAGCCGUUCGUAUCCCGCCAGAGAGUUCGCGGCGCGUGUUAUAUUGUGCCAAUGCUGGCGACGCGCGCGGUGUCUUAUGUCGCGCAGGAAAAGCAGUUAGAUUGACAUACGACCAUAAAGGGUCAGACAAACAGGAAGCGAAGCGUAUCACAGAUGCCGGUGGGUUUGUUAUGGGUGGUCGAGUAAAUGGGGUUUUAGCUGUUACCCGAAGUUUGGGAGACUCUUCCAUGAAAGACUUUGUUGUCGGGGCGCCUUAUACGACGGAAACCGAACUGAUUGAAGAGGAUGAAUUUCUGAUAUUGGCCUGCGAUGGUCUCUGGGAUGUUAUUGGUGAUCAAGCGGCAGUGAACCAGAUCAAAACUAUGGACGACGCCCAGUCGGCCAGUCAUCAUCUGCUACGAUACGCAUUGAAUAACCACACGACGGAUAAUGUGACUGUCGUAGUAGUGCGGUUCAAGAACAACAACAACCAGUAACCAUGAGUUGUUAUAAUAUGCCGAGUCUCUUUUCUUUUGAAAUCAUGCCUUUCUCCUCUUCUUUUGGGGUCAAAGCUUUGUCGGUCAUUCAAUUUUCAGUGGGCAGUCUUGGUUUUUUCAGAAGGCACUUUCCAAAACCUGUAGCUCUUAGUUUUAUUAUUCCCCACUGUUUGCACACGUCCUGUAUUUUGAUACAGUUA